AUGCCCGCCAAGUUGAAGCCAUUGCUGUUGCCUCAGAUGGUAGAGGACCGUCGCAAGGCCGUACGGGAGGUCGACCAAACCUUUUUUUACCUGCAAGACAACAUUUCGUCCUCGGAGAUGGCGUCGCCAGUCACCCCGACCUUCUCCCAGCGCGAUGGACACAUGCAGCAAUACUCGAGCUCGACAUCUUCACUCGAGCUGUCUGCCUCGUACUGCUCCGACAGUUCCGUAUCCCCCGCAGCCCUCGCUCAAGUAGCCACUCAGAUGCUCAACCAAAACAUUCUUCCGACGGCCAGCACGAGCUCAAGCGCAAACACCAGCGCCAGCACGAGUGCCACUGCUACCAAGACACCGACACCUAAGCGAUCACUGCCGGAUGUUCAGGAGGAGCCGUUUGAGAGGGAUGGCGACGACACUCGCUUGCCAGAGCCUUUCGAUUUCCCCGAGUCGUUGGACAUUGACGAUGCCUACUGUUUGUGCAGCGAGGCCUGUGAGCAUCACAGGCCCUCCCUUCCCCAUAGCGCCUCGAUGCCCAUUGACGAAACAGAUCACGAAAUGGAUUUCAUGAGCGAUAGCGAUUAUCCUUAUGCUACCAUCAGGAGGCAACGCGGUCGCAGCGGUGGCAAUGACUCACCACUCUCUGGCUUGACCUCGAGGAUUCGCCUUCCCAGCCUCUCUAGGUGGAGAUCUACAGAGCGGCGAACAGCAGCUUCUUCCCUAAGCUUUAGUCCUGCCUCCGAAACCACUCUUGAUUACCGACCAUCGAUGUCGAUUGGGCCCUCGAGCCGGUCAUCUUCUGUCUCCCGAGGGCGACGACCAACUCUGGACCGUACCUUCGAACCUCCAUUGCCCCCGACACCAGCUCUAUCAUUCUAUGAAAGCUCGGCCACCUCUCGCGACAGCAUUUCGGUUCCUACGCCCUUGGAUAUUGAAGCCGCCAACGAGCUUGGCAGGAGCUUAGAACGGGAACGUGCCAUGGCAACAACUCCCCUACUUCCACCUCUCAUCACCAAGCCGCCACCUUCUACUGCACCCUCUGCGCCUCAGUCUCCUCUCGAGUUUCCCAAGAUUGAACCAUACCAACAAACUACCUUCAGCUCUCCCGAGCUGAGCCUUAGCUCGCCACAGUAUUUCCCCGCCCCGGCGCUCAGCACGAAGCCUUCGAUAUCGUCUUUCCGCCACUACCAAAGCUCUAGCAUAUCUGCCCCUGCCACUGCAUGCCCUUCAGAGGUUUCUAGCCCCAUGUACAACCUAGGCCUUGAGCUGCAGCAGCCCGACUCUUGGUCAGACAGGUUAGGUCACGCAAACUUCACCAUCUUGCCAAAGCCGUAUGUUCCGCAAGAGGUUUCGGACCUGGCUGUUUUGGAGACACUGCGUGCGGAUUGGAAUCAGGCGCGAAUCAACUUCACAAAGCACCUGGUGCGCACUGGAGAGCAUUAUGGGGCAACCUCGAAAACCUAUCAGCUCACCGAAGCGAAGUGGGCCGAGAUUGAGUUGGAAUGGCGCCUUGCCCACGAUACUGUCGUGGCACGAUUUUCUGCCAUGUGCAACGGUAACGGAGACACAUCGGAAGCCCUGAGGUGGCGCCACCAGCAGGAGGAUGUUACCCUCCCCUCAACCGUGCCAGUCAUGCUCGAUGGCGAGGGCGGCAAGUUUCCCGCCAUGGGCGAUGAAGAUAUUGUUGGUCCAAUGAUCCGCGAUGCUGCCAUGUCUCGAGAACUCUCACCUUCACGUCAAGGUGGCGCCUCGAGGUUUUGGAGGAGCAUCGUCGGGCGGGUCAACGCCAUGAAGAAGUAA